CACAGCCCACCCCCACACACAUUUGGAGUGUGCACUGAUCUUGCCCUGGUUCCUGGCACCCAUUCAGGCUGAGGUGUCAUUGGGAUCUCAGAUUGCAGCGAGGGGCUGGCAGGCAGCCAGGGGCAGUCUAUUUAAAAGACAUGCCUGCUCGGCACUAUUCAGUCUCUUUAGAAACUUCUCCAGGGGAAAAGUGUUGGGAGAUCUACAAAGUGGAAUUCUUUUUUUUUUUUCCUUCUUUUUUCCCCCCUCCUCCCUCCUUCGUUCUCUUUCUACUGCCGACUUUGUAGAAAUCCUCCAACUUUUACAGAAAACCUCUUUGUUGUUCUUAACCCAAUCUAGGAAGAGGAGGAUAAGGGGGGAGGAAAAAAAUUGCAGCCAGUCCCAUGCUAAAUCUCUUCUUGACAAAGCCCAGCUCUACCUGCUUUAAUGCUACUUCUCUCCAGGCGUUUUUUCAUUUGCUGCAGAUAAUAUCAGGACAGUCGAAAAGAAGCUGAUUCCCUUCUCUGCUUCCUCCUCAGCCUCUCUUGCAGACGUUGCUUUUUUGAGUGAAGCCUGUGGAUUAUUAUUAUUAUUUUUGUACCUCUCGGUGUGCAGCUUCACCAAAGCUCUCCUGGCUCUUCUCUUCCCCCCCUCCUUGACUCCCCAACCCACCCUCCCCAUUUCCAACCUGUUGCAUGCGUAAUUCUUGCAACUGCAGAUUUUGACAGCCAGGUUUUGUUUUUGCAUUCCGAUCCUGAAUCAUUUCUGAGGUGGAAAAGCUCUUUUGGAAUCUAAGUAAGGAGACACUUUUUUUCGUUCUUUCUUUUUGAAAAAGAUUAUUUUCCUAUUUUUUUAUAUAGAAAAAAAAUUUUUUGCAAAAGAAAUAAAAAGAGGACAAUCGAUAUUGCCUUGGGUGCCUGCAACACUGCAUGCCUGCCUGUGCCUUGAAGAUGCUCGUGACCCAAGUUUUGCUCCUCUGCCUCUGCCUGGGGCUGUCCCAAGGGCUGGGCUCCUUUGUGCACUGUGAACUUUGCGAUGAAAAAGCCCUUUCCAUGUGCCCUCCCAGCCCGGUGGGCUGCGAAUUGGUGAAGGAGCCCGGCUGCGGAUGCUGCAUGACCUGUGCCCUGGCUGAAGGGCAGUCUUGCGGGGUGUACACCGAGCGCUGUGCCCAGGGCAUGCGCUGCCUGCCGCGCCAAGGUGAGGAGAAGCCCUUGCACGCCCUGCUGCACGGCCGAGGGGUCUGCCUCAACGAGAAGAGCUACAGGGAGCAAGCCAAGAACGAAAGAGAAUCCCGAGAGCAUGAGGACCCAACCACCUCAGAAAUGGCAGAGGAGACCUACCCUUCCAAACCGCACAGGAACAAGGGACACGUGCGCCUCCCUGAGUCCAAGGUAGAGGCCCUGAGGAAGGAUCGCAGGAAGAAGCUGACUUUAUCCAAGUUCGUUGGUGGGGCAGAAAACACAGCACACCCUCGCGUUGCUGCCCCUGAGCUGAGGCCAGAGUUUGAACUGGGCCCUUGCCGUAGACAGAUGGAGGCAUCGCUGCAGGAGCUCAAAUCAAGCCAGCGCAUGAUCCCCCGUGCCGUCCACCUUCCCAACUGUGACAGGAAAGGCUUCUACAAGAGGAAACAGUGCAAGCCAUCUCGGGGCCGAAAACGUGGACUGUGUUGGUGUGUGGAUAAGUAUGGACUGAAGCUGCCGGGAACGGAUUACGUAGCCGGAGACCUCCAGUGUCACAACUUUGACAGUGCCAACACUGAGUGAAUUAUCCUUCUUUGCCUCUCCCUGCCAGAGCCCUUUCCCCCACCCACCCAUUACCCACCCACACCUCACGACGUGCCCAGGAGACUGAUUCCUUUCAUCUCAUUUUAAGAAACUGAGGACCUCGGAAUCUACGGUUAUUAUCAUCAACUUCUCUCAAUGGCAACGGCAGAGACUAAAGAAAAGGCAACACUUUGAAGCCAAAUAAAUGGAUAAAUAGAGAAGGAAGGAAGGAAGGAAGGAAGGAGGCAGAAGAUGAAGAUGACAAGGCAGCCACCACCUCCCUUGGGACAUGGCUCUAAGAUAACUCUGUAGGCCUCCAUGCUUGAAAGUAUCGUCAUCCAGCCACCCAGACAGCACCAAUGUAGGAAGCUCUCAGAAGCACUUGAAUUUUGUUUUUGUUUUCUUCCCCUCCCCCUUUUUUACUUUAGUGGGUUUGAAACCUAAGAUUUUGGGAAGUACCUAGUUUAACCAGCAGAAUCCUAGGACAAACAGGCCACUCACUAUUUCAAUCCACACACACAUAAUAUAUAUAUUCUGUCAAGGUUCUUUUUUCAGUGUUGUCAUUUCUCUACUCCUUCCCCCCAGGGCUAAGGUUUUAUUUGCUCUCUCUCCCUUAUUUUCUUUUCAAAUAAAAAUCAAAUGGAUCAGAGAACAUCAGAACCUACAGCAGGGUGAAGUGAAGCCAUUGGUUAAAAAUCAAAAUUCUUCAGGGACUGUUUCCCUGGGCAGUUAAGUAAGAGGUUUGACCUGAUUAUUUGAGGUGCCAUUGUCCAUCCCUCUCCUGUGUAAAUACAGCUGUGGUGCACAUGUUUACUCUUUGUUGAACAAGUCCCCUUUCUUCCAAGAAGAGUCCUUUGACCUCCAAUCACGUAAGAAGCCCCACAAACCUCUAUGCAGCUUCUUGUGUGAAUCAAAGGCAUUCAGGUUUGUGUAUUUGCAGGAUCAUGACCCAAGCUGAAGCAAUAGCAUGUCAGGUAUCCUGCAGGCACUUAAAGCAUAUUUUUCUUGUUGUCAAUUAUGUAAACUGACCUGUGGAUAUCCACACAAUGCUGAGCAAUUAUUAUCACUCUCUACCCUUUAAUGUAAAGGUGAGGACAGGGGAAAUGACUCCUAUUAUUGUACUCGCAUAUACUAAAUCAUUGCCCUGAGCAAGGACAAUACGAAGCAGUUAAAACAUGAUUCAUAAAAUCAUGCACACUAGAUUUGUAAAUCUAGUCCACAGCUAAGGAAACUAUUUUGCCAUCUUUCAACGUCUAUGAAGUGACUGAGAGUAGGUUGAGACCUUUUUUUCCUGAAAGAGACUCUGAAAUUGCUGCACGGCGGGCAGAAAUUCAGUACAUAUUAAUUUGUCCCCUUAAGUACAUCUUUUGUGCUGGAAAAAAAGCUGCACCUGCUUAAUUUCUGCCUGUUGUGCCACUGUCAGUCUCCGCCAGGAAAGAAGCAGCUAUGCAAACAAAUAAAAAAAUCACCCGCAGAAUCCAAUAAUUUGACAACUUUCAUGUCCAGGCUUGGGCAUGCCACUAAAGCCAUUUUUUUAAAAAAAUAUAUUGUUUAACAUUUUUUAAACUCCUCAGUAUGUCUCCAUGGACAUUGCCAUGACAAGGAUCUUUCCUAUGCUCAGGAUGGUGAAUGAGAAUGCAAGAAAAUAACAAGAGGGAGAGAGAGAAAGGAUUACCCAUCCAAAGUCACUAGCAUUAGGGGAAAAUCACCAAAAUAGUAGCCAUUAAGAAACAUGCAAUCCACUUGAGGGUGCAGAAGAAAUGGAACCCAUGGUGAUUUCCUGGAGGAGGACACAAAGGAGUCGAGGACACUGGUGUGGUGGGCUGCAAGCACUUCUGGACAACAUACUAAUCAGAAGCAUGGAGAGAGACAGAGAGAGGACUGGGGUUUUUGCUUGCAGGCAGAUGAGAAAGCCCACACUGCCUGCUGAGCGUCAGAAAAGAGCGCUGUUGGUAGGAGAACCAGGAGGACACCCACAACAUGCUACAUGCACUACUAAGCACAGAAGAAAGGGAAAUGAGGAAUCAUCCUGGCAGAAUGGCUACAGCAUGAAAGUGACUGUGGUGGGUUUUUCUUCUAUCUAUCACCCCCUUCACUGCCAGCAGUGUUCAGAUCAGCUCUAGAACAAAGAUGAAAGCCAACACACCAUUGGGGUCUUCCCAGAGAUGUGAGAACUGGCCAAGAAAAUCUGGAUCAGGGAAUCCACAGAUUGGCUCUAUGGAGAUUUGAUUUGUCUUCUAUAGAAGAGAGCAGGGUGGAGAGAUUUCUCCACAUUUCUAUGUGCAAACACCCAUCCUUUUGUGCAGAGACAAGGAAAUACGGAGAUGGAAACACACACACACACACACACACACACACACACACACACACACAUCCUUCCAAGGUAAAAAGUCUAAUCAUCUGGGUGGAAUUCCUACCCCAAAAUUCAACAUUGCAAACAAAGCCCACUCCAUCCUUUCACCUCCAUCUUUGAUCCAAAUUUUCUGGAAAGUGUAAAUGACUGCUAGAUAUUCCAGUUAUCCCCUCCCCUGGGCUUUGGCAGCAGUGGUGAGACUUUUACCCUUUCUCCUCCGAAUCAAAGCUAAACCUACCACAAGCUCCUGUGUAACAGAAGGCCGAACUGUGCUUUGACUGGAACAUUUGUUAUCAUGAUGGGUGAGCCUAAGUCCCAUUUUCCCCACAACCCUGAUUUAGCAUGUGGAAAGGUAGAAAUGCCUUGUUGUUUACUACCUGCAUUUGGGUUGGAUUAUUUGGCUGUGCCUCUUUCCUAAACUGGAUAAGUCCUUGGAUGCUCUGCUGACAAUGCAAUCUGAACAAUAUACCCCUAGUUAGGUAGCUCUUUCCCAGUUUCCUGGCAAAAAGAUCAUCUAUGUCAGUCAAGAGAGCUUGUAGGACAGAAGGAGCAUCAUGGGCCCUUUUAGAAAUUCUAUACUUACCAAGGUGGUAUAAUUGUGCUUCUGUGUCAACAACUGUGUGUGAACUGGGUAUGGGAGCAAAUCUGUGGUAAUGAUGGAAAGGAGGGGUAGUGCCCUUGUUGCCUUGCUAUAGGCGACCUGAGAUGCUCCCCCCCCCCAGCAAUGGCCAUAAUCCUGAUCUCCAUGAAAGACACCCGUGUGCAACAUUUGGGCUGUCCCUGAAGUCUUCUACAAAGUAGAAGGACAGAAAUUGUUUAAGCAUUUCUUCUCAGGCUUUCAACAUGGUUCAUGCCUUUGGGCUGAUAAAUCACUUGUAUUGGGACUUGGUUGGUAAACGAAAGGUCCUGACUGCAUCUGUCCUUCCCCAUAGAAGAUUGUGUGGACAGCCCCAGUGGUGGGCAUUGGUCCCUUAGGUGUUCACACUUGGGAUUAUGGCCAGUAUUCCAAAAGGGGGAGACCUAAGGUAGCACCAAAAAUAAAGCGUAUCUUGAGAACGAACUACCAUAAUGGCCAAGCCAGUAGAUCAGAAAUGGGGAACCUGGGGCUCUCCAGAUGUUGCUGGACUACAACUCCAGUCAUCUCUGACUGUUGGCCAGGCUGGCUGAAGCUAAUGGGAACUGGAGGCCAGCAGCAACUGGAGGGCUGCAUGGUCCCUGUCCUUGCAACAGAUUAUAUAAGGCUUUAAUCUGGUCCUGACAUUUCCAGGGGUAAUUCAUACGGGAGACUUCUCCAUUCUAGCCAUUACAGAGAGGGACAAAGUGGUCCUAUGAAACCUGGUGAUAUCUAUGCUACAGCAAAGCUCAGCAUUGGCUUCUUAUCUCUUUGGAAAAAAUGAGGUUCAGUAUGAACAAAGGCAAGAGGGAAUUCUGUCAUCUUCCAACAGUGAGAACUGAAUCCAUUUUGCUUGCUCCAGGGCACAUAUGGUGCACUUUCUCUAGGUCUAAAGAAUACAUGGGAAAGGUCCAUGGUAGAAUGACUAUGGGCUGCGAAGAGGCUGAUGAACUUAAUCCCUUUGGAUUUAAAAACAAAUCUCUAUUGUCAAAAGAAGAUUUACAAGGAGGAAAGGACAGUGGAGCAGAGUGCACAUAUAAUCUACAUAGCAUAUAAAGGGGCAGGAGAUGUGCUGGGCACAUAAGAAAUUAUGGGAAAUUUACACUACAAAGUUAUGCUGAUUUUGUACCAAUUUAAUUGUCAUGGCUUUUGCCAAAGAAGCCUAAGGACUGUUCUUUUUUACAGUCCCUAAGGUUCUCUGAAAGGAGGGAGUGAUUCCUAAAUCAGUGUAAGUGUGUGGUGUAAAUAUAUAUCUUUACAGGGCAAUCCGUAACAUGUCUACUCAGGAAGAAGUCUCAUUGAGAUCAUAGGGACCUAUUCCCAGGUAAAUGGGUAAAGGAUUGCAGCCUUAGUUGCAUAAGAUGAAAGAAUGUUGCUAAAAUCCUUUUCUCUCCCCAAUUGGUAGAGUCAGUCUCUUGGUGCUCCUGGACUGGUUUCAACCAAAACCAUCUUUUAUCCUUCCUUCCUAACUUCCUUCCUAACUUCCUUCCUUCCUAACUUCCUGCCUUCCUUCUUGAUAUGUAUUUUUUUAUUAUUUCCUGAAACUUGAAAACCUUUCCCUAUAUAGAAUAUAAGAUCCCUUCUUACUCCGUAAACAGGGCAUGGAGAGAGCCACUUCAUCUCCCACUUCUCUUGGACACACACACUCACAGAGUACAGAUAUUGCAAGCAGGUGAGGGGGUUUGGAGUACAUAAUAUUCCCACCUAACUGCCAACUCACAUUGUAAAAGGAUUUUCUCAUAAGCUCAAAGGAUGCCUUUGAGGACUGUUCCAUUACCUGGUUGCAAACUUUGCUAGCAACUGCAGUAGCAGAAACCAUUCCAAGUGCAUUGGCCACAGCUGAUUUUCCAGGAGAGAGCACAUCUUUCAUCCUUGCUGCUUAAGUAUGGAGAACCCAAAGCUGAUGUAGACUUUCACCAUUAGAAGAUCAACCUUCAUGGAUUUCUUAAAGCAGCACUCACAAUCUCAGCUGAAAGGCAGGGAAGCAGCUGCCCCAGUCUCAAUCCUACAAAGCCAGUGCUUUUCUUUUUGGUUAAUAAAAUGAGGUGCUAGUACCCAUACAUAGAUAAAAGUCCAUGGGCAGCCCCCCCCC